GCAGGACCAAGAGCAUCCCAGUCCUGGAAGGGAUCGACUUGGAGAACAUGCGCCAGGUGUGCCUCCAGGGCCGGGAAGUCUUGGACCUCGCCGCGCGGAUGCUGAGGCCCGGCAUCACGGGGGAUGAGAUCGACCGAGUGGUCUACAUCGCGUGUCGUGACCGAGGCCUCUAUCCGAGCCCCUUGAACUACAUGGGCUUUCCCAAGUCGAUUUGCGUCUCAGUGAACGAGGUGAUUUGCCACGGGAUCCCCGACAGCCGUCCCUUGGCGGACGGCGAUCUGGUGAAUUUAGAUGUAAGUGUUUGCCUCGAGGGCUUCCACGCGGAUCUCAACGAGACCUACUUGGUGGGCCACUGUGACGACGAGUCGCACCGCUUGGUGAGGAGCGCCUACAAUGCACUGAAGGCUGCCACCGCCUUGAUCCGGCCGGGCACCUUGUACCGACAGCUGGGCGGAGCCAUCGAGAAGGAGGCGGCUGAACAUGGCUGUUCUGUGGUGACCGCCUUUUGUGGACAUGGUGUGGGCCGACUCUUUCAUGGCCCUCCGGAUAUUCCUCACUUCAAGAAGAACAAGGCCGUUGGCGUCAUGAAGCCUGGCCAUGUCUUCACCGUGGAGCCGAUGCUCAACUUGGGCACCUGCAAAGAGAGGGUGUGGCCGGAUGGAUGGACGGCUUGUACCCGGGAUGGCCGGCGCUCCGCACAGUUUGAGCACAGCUUCCUGGUCACCGAGGAUGGAUUUGAAGUCCUCACGUCCAGACAAGAUGCCUCUUCGAGGACGUCCAUGCCGGACUACGACGCGACCUUCUUCCAACGAGGUUGAUGCUCUGAAGUCCGGUCUCUGCGGCGCGUGGACAUCCCGCAGAGGAAAAGAUGGAAAUCCUUCUGGACGAGUCACGGGCCACGGGAGGUGAAAAAUCCGUUAAGGUUGAAGUUUAAUUUUUUGUUUUUUUUUCCGAAAGAACCUAGUUGGCCUUGCUGUGCUGAUUGGGUGGAAAAUCCUCCCCUCUU